AUGGCAAGGCAUUUACCGAAGAUAUAUCUUCGUCCAAUCGGUAUUUGCUCAAUUAUAAUCAUAACAUGCGCCAUAGUAUGCGUCAAAUUAUCGUUUAAAUAUGUCCGACUCAGUCACAGAACCGUGAAUGAAGAUGAAAUCACUGGUCACAGCCCCGCGCUUGUUAACAUCAGAAGCAACAUGCUAGUUUCGCGGAACGAGAAAUGUUCGUGUCCAAAACCAGUGAUCGGUCCUCUGGAAAUGGACAAACGCGUGCAACAAAGAAAAGAGUUCAUCGAAUGGGAACGUCAGGAAGAGCAAGCAGCGGACCCUGUAACAAGAUGUGUAGCAAUGUCUCCCAUAGAAUACAUUGGAUCUGGUAUCACGGUUGAACCUUUAAGCUCAGUCCGCCUAGUUGGCAUCGAGGUCCACCCUGCUGCGUUCGAAAAAGACAACCCGGAUUUAACAAUAUCGUUCAUGUCCAGAAGGUCAUUGGGAUAUAUCUAUGUGGAGACAGUUAAAAACGCGUUACAGAUAACAGGCAAUAACACUCGUCAAAUGACAAUAACAGCUGACAAUGUUGACGAUCUGAGCACUGUCCUAAAACAUUUAAUUUACACCAGUGUCGAGUACCACAUAAGGCAGAGAGAUGUUGUUGAUAUCACUUUAAGAGAUUUUCACAUCUCCAUCAAUGUCCUCACUCAGAGACUUCGCAUGCCUAAGCUGUAUGACCCAGGACUUGGAGGUGACAUCAGCAGCAAAGUCACUGUCGUAUCAAAGACAUUUGAACGUUAUGACUGCAUCAAUAAGCUCAUUUUAAGUGUUAAUAAAUACUACCCCAAUAUGACCAUAUUAGUAGCUGAUGAUUCCCGGGUUAAACUACAGUUGAAUGGAACUAAUGUAAAACAUUUUCAUAUGCCGUUUUUAGAAGGCUAUGGUGCUGGUAAAUCUCUACUUGUAAGCCAGGUGCGUACGAAGUAUUUUUUGUGGACUGACGACGACUAUGUAUUUAUAAAUGAAACUAUUUUAGAGCGGUUUGUAGAAAAACUAGAAUCUCCAACAGCAGAGCUAGACUUAGUGGCGGGCUUCAUAAUGGAUAACAAGGGUGUUAUUUCUGAUAGCAUCGAUAACGACAUCUGGAAAUGG